UGGUCCGGGGAGUCAGGUCCUGGUAGCUCCUGGUACAGGUACCAGCUCCCCGGGAGGGCCUCCCGUGAAUGGUGUGUGCUCGCCCCUGGGAGAGCUCAUCUGACCAGACGUUUCUUUGUGUGACUCUGUGGUCCAAUGACCCCGGGGCUUUGCUGGCUCAGCUUUGUGGGCCCAGAUCAGGAGCUGGGGCCAUCGGCAGCCUCCCGGGACUGGACACCACCUUUGGAAAUAGCCGCUAAGCAUCGUUGGGUAGCUUCGUGCUAUCUCCUGUUUGGUUCAUCUACAGCCUCUUCAUGAAGCUUUUUGGGAAGUCGGCUCCUCCCAUCACCUUAGAGAACCCUGAGGUGAAGUACCCACUGAGGCUGAUUGACAAAGAGAAUAUCAGCCAUGAUACACGGAGGUUCCGGUUCGCUCUCCCGUCUCCACAGCACGUUCUGGGGCUCCCCAUUGGUCAGCACAUUUACCUCUCAGCCCGGAUCGAUGGGAACCUGGUCAUCCGGCCCUACACCCCCGUCUCCAGCGACGAUGACAAAGGUUUCGUGGAUCUGGUUAUCAAGAUUUACUUCAAAGACACGAACCCCAAGUUUCCUGCUGGCGGGAAGAUGUCCCAAUAUCUGGAGAGUCUGAAAACUAAUGACACUAUUGACUUCAGAGGCCCCAGUGGACUGCUGAUCUACCGUGGUAAAGGGAAGUUUGCCAUCCGUCCUGACAAGAAGUCGGAGCCUGCCAUCAAGACGGUGAAAUCAGUGGGCAUGAUUGCAGGAGGGACAGGUAUCACCCCGAUGCUGCAGCUAAUCCGUGCCAUCAUGAAGGACCCCGACGACCACACCGUCUGCCACCUGCUCUUCGCCAACCAGACAGAGAAGGACAUCCUGCUGCGACCCGAGCUGGAGGAGCUCAGGAACCAGCACUCGGCCCGCUUCAAGCUCUGGUUCACUGUGGAUAAAGCCCCGGAAGACUGGGACUACAGCCAGGGCUUCGUGAACGAGGACAUGAUCCGGGAGCACAUGCCCCCGCCUGAGGCGGAGCCCCUGAUCCUCAUGUGCGGCCCCCCCCCUAUGAUCCAGUACGCCUGCAUCCCCAACCUGGACAAAGUGGGCUACUCCAAAGACCUGUGCUUCUCCUUCUAGGGGGCCUGGGGCGGCGCGCUGGGGGGCAGGGCCACGUUCUCCCCACGGCCCGGCUGCAGGCCCCCUCCCCGGAGGGCCCUGGGCCACGGCCCCCCGCGGUCACGCUCUCCCCCAGUGGUCCCAGACAUCUUUUUGUGGUCAUUAUUCUCGUUCACACGCUGCCUAAAGAGUAAGGAGGCUUUCCUCCCGGUCUUGGGAGACUUUCUGGUUUUAUUUUUUUGCUUUUUAACUCUAUAUUUUUCCUUCUCCAAUCAGCCCGCCUCCCAGGCAAGGAAAGGUUGCUCGAGAGGCACAGCUGGCAGCUCCCCCCCCUCCCCAGCGCCCUCAGCAUCUGGGGUCUCCCUGGGCCUCAAGGGUCCCUGAGCAGAGCCCAUGGACGGCACGGGAGCGUCCCAGAGGCCCAUACCCCCUCCCUGGGGCGGCUUCCCCGUCACUGAGGGGCUUUUGAGUCAUUCGGGUCGAGGGAGGAGUCCCCCUGGCGGGCAGGGCCCCCCCAGCUCCUGGCAAGUCCUGGGGGAGUCUGGUCCGUGGGCCCCUCCAGGGGCUCCAGAGAUCGGGGAGGGCAGAGCUUGGCGAGGGGCAGCGUUUGCUCCCCUGCCUCUUGUACUUGAAGAACUGUAAGGGGGCCUAAGGAAGGAACCUGAAAGCUGGGGCCACGGCGGGGAUUGGGCCCGGAAUGGGGGGAGCGCCCGGCCCUUCGAUGACGACUGAAAGGGACUCCACGUGGUCCAAGGAGCAUAAGAGAGACAGAGGGAGGGCGGGAUAGAGAGAGAAGGGAGUGCAGGGGAUGCCGCUUCCCCCCCUUAGCACGGCUGGGCAAGGGUCCCGACCACCCUCCCCACCCAUGGCAGCCCCUAUAGGAAGCCAGGUUCUCCCCCAAGGAGAGAUCCCCAUGGCACCCUGCUGGCAGCCCAUUCGGUUCUGCUUGGUCCUUGGGUGGGCUCCUCGGGCGGGCUCCCUUGGGUGAGAGGUCUGCCUCCACUCAGAGCCCCCUGCCCAUGAGCUCUGUAGCCAACAGUGCCCCCUGGCAUCAGGGGGCUGGGCUGGGCCAGGCAGGCGAGGGGGGAGGGUGUGAGUGUGCAAGAGCAAGUGUGCAAGAGAGUGAGUGUUAGAGUGUAAGGGGUGAGUGCAAGAGUGUAAGUGUGCAAGAGUGUGGCAAAGGUGUGAGUGUGUAAGAGAGCAAAUGUGUAAGAAAGUGAGUGUGCAAAAGGGUGUGAGUGCAAGAGUGUAAGUGUGCAAGUGUAUUACAGGGGUGUGAAUGUGUAAAAGACGAGUGUGCAAGUGUGUAAGGGGUGUGUGAGUAUGUGUAUGAGCGUGUGAGUGUGUCCCAGUGAUGGGAAGCAGAAGGGGUUGCGUGGGGGAGACAAAAGCAGGGGCUGCAGGGGGUGGGCACGGCCGGACCUUCGGCCCUGGGGCUGAGGCGUGGUGGGGUCUGCUCCCCCGGGUGCCAGGGCAGGCGGCCGGCCUUUGUCUUCCCCCUCCCCCCAUGGUGGCUUUCUCCCAGACUUCCUUUUGUGCAGGAACCAGAAUAAAACUUCGCUCACUGCA